AUGGAUAGACUUACUCGGAUGCUUCAGGCUGCCCAGGGUAUGGGCAUGCCAACUUCCGCUCCCGGUGGGGAUACCCCAAACCUUCUCGAUAACUGCGAAACUGUACACAUCUCCUCCCUUGCGCUGCUGAAGAUGUUACGGCAUGGUCGGGCAGGUGUGCCGAUGGAAGUCAUGGGCUUGAUGUUGGGUGAAUUUGUGGAUGAAUACACAGUGCGAGUAACAGACGUCUUUGCCAUGCCUCAAAGCGGUACCGGUGUUAGUGUCGAAGCUGUGGACCCUGUUUUCCAGACCAAGAUGAUGGACAUGCUCCGGCAAACCGGACGACCGGAACCUGUAGUCGGCUGGUACCACUCUCACCCAGGAUUCGGGUGCUGGCUCUCAUCUGUCGAUAUCAACACUCAGCAAUCGUUUGAGCAGCUUACACCCCGUGCAGUUGCCGUUGUCGUCGACCCGAUUCAGUCCGUUAAAGGCAAGGUCGUCAUUGACGCCUUCCGUCUCAUCCAGCCACAGACCGUUGUUAUGGGCCAAGAGCCCCGUCAAACCACCUCCAAUUUGGGCCACCUCAAUAAGCCCUCGAUCCAGGCUCUCAUCCAUGGCCUGAACAGACACUACUACAGCAUUGCAAUCAACUACCGCAAGACAGGACUAGAGGAGAACAUGCUGAUGAACCUGCACAAGCAUGUCUGGACGGAGGCAUUGCAAAUGAACGACUUCCACGACGAGUGCCAACACAACACCGACCGUAUGAAGCAGCUCGUUCAUCUGGCCGAAGGUUACGAGAAGCGGGUGAAGGAGGAGACAGAGCUCACCAAGGAGCAGCUGAAGACAAGAUAUGUUGGAAAGGUCGACCCUAAGAAGCACAUCGAAGACAUGAGCCAGCAAUUGAUCGAAGACAACAUCGUUGCCGUGUCGCGGCAAAUGAUUGAUAAGGAGGCCUCCGUGGCACGAGAGAAUGGCAAAGGGCCUCAGAAUGGCACUGGCAUGGAUGUGGACGAGGAGCUAUAG